UCCUUAGUAACUGUUGGGUCUGGGGUUUGGAAUGCUUCUUGAUGCUUCUGGACUGGCAGGUGUCCCCAGCUCCUUGGUCCUUUCCAGAUUGCGAGCAUCCCCCUGCCCUUGUCUGAAGUACUCGGGUGUUUGGAACGGCUGCCACGCAGCUCUCCUGUCCUGGGCUCCGCUUUAGACUCUGGUCUUAGCCCUCAGCUCUUCCGCUUGGUCCCUCCUUCUCCCACUUCCAGGAAACCGUCAGCGAGUCCCAAAGCGUGCUGGGUUGCAGCGAGCAGAACGGGUGCUGGGUGUAGGGCCAUCCUUUGUCCCGCAGCCUGGAAGAAAUGAGCCUUGAGAGUGAGUGAGUGUGUAUGUACGACCGUGAAAUCCAGAGUGCAUAGGGGUACAUGUAAGUGUGCAACUGAGUAUGUGUAGUAACAGUUGUGUGUGUAUAUCAGAAAGGAAUCCAUGAGAUCCAGUGUGUGUAUGAGUGCCUUGGUCUGCUUCGCAUGAAGUCUUCUUCCUGAAUUUGGAAAAGUGUUUCCAUUUGUGUAAAUAUUUUGUGAAUAUUUACUUUGGGAGUUGAAAACUACUUGCUAAUUAUGGCUCAUCAAUAUUCAAAGGAAAAGCUAGAUGAGGAAUUCGAACAAUUUAUGAAAGAGUCUCUUUCAGAUGAUUCAGUUGAAAACUCAAAAAAGAUAUAUAAACAACACAGAAAAAGAGAUUUGAAAAAGAAAAAUUCAACACCAUGGUGGUUAACAGAUGAUAAUUUCGAGGAUGAUGGAGCACUUGGAACAAAUGUAAGUUUUUUGAAAGCACCAAAAGUUUCCCAGCAGGUUAUUGAGAUGGAAGAAGCUUCUGGCAAGGUACACCCCUGCAAAAGUAGUGGGACUUCUGUGAUAAGCAGAGACAGUUUAGAAACAAAUGAUUCAGUUAUUGCUUCUGGGCCAAAUAUUGGCAUUUUGGGAUUGGACACAUUAGAAGAACAAGAAGAGAAAGAAAGAUUUUUUGCCAGACUGGAAAAAGGCCUCACAUCAACCAUUGAUUAUUCAAAAUUAAAUAAGGCAUUGGAUUCUAAUGAAUCUACACAACUUAAAGAUUUGUUCAGAGAUAAAACCAAAAUGGAAUCAACUGAAGAUGAAAAUGAAGAUGAUUCUAAACAUGAAGAAAUAGCAGAAAAUUACAGUGAUGAUUUUGAAGAUGAAGAUGAUGUUGAGGUAUUGUCACUUACUGAAAAGGAAGAAAUUCAACACAAGCAAAAUCUCAAAAUAGAAGAGAUAAAUGCUCCAGCUGAGAAAGAAGAGAAAACAGGCAUGCUAGCUAAUGUGGUGCUGCUUGAUUCAUUAGAUUCAGUUGCUGAGGUCGAACUUGAUCACCGAAAUAAAAGAACAACCACAUUACAAGGACAGCCAGAAGUCACUGAUAAUGAAAUGACUGGGACAGGUGUGUCUUAUGGACAGAGCAACAGUGAGCUGGAAGCUCUGCAUCAGGCUUACCAUCAUAUUGAUCAGUCUUUGGGAGACACAGAUGAACCAAAAAUGGAAAGUAGUAAGAGCUUAAUGCAGGAGAUCCCUCAGGAAAUGGAUGAGUACUCAAAAAACAUCUCUACUCCUGAAUCUGACCUUCCUACUGUAGAGGAACUGAUGAAGCCUAUUAAAAUAAAUUCAUUACUUGGCGACUAUUUUGACGGGCAGCCUGUCAGCACGAAAAAAACAAUCGAAAGUAAGACAACUGAAUUUGUUAAUCCUCUGCCUCUUAAGAAACAGUCUCCUGUAAUAUCUAAGGAACAGCAGCAGCAGCAUUUGGACCAGCUUAUUGAAAUGAAUGAGAAGAAUAUAUUUUUGCAAAAGACUACAUACAAUAUUAGUGAAGGUAGUUUGCCUAAAGGAACUUCUACUGAAGAGAAUAUAGAUAAAACACAACUUGAUAUAUUAAGGAAAAAACUAGCCAAAGAGUCUUCACCCUUAUUUCAUGGUAGCAAAAUUAAUCAAGUCAUCAGAUCUCAGUUACCUCAGCUGAGCUCUGGGGAGGAUGAUAUCAGUCCUAUUAUCAGUAAGCAGACAAUAUACAAGAGGCCAACAAGUACACCUCCUUUAGUAAAGAGAAAAUCACAAAGUGGAUCCAAAGCAUCUGUGAGAAGCUCAGGAUAUGGCAAGUCAUAUUCACCAUUAAAAACUAGUUCUACUGUUGAAAAGAAAACAUCAAAGAACAUUAUAAAAAAGGAAAACUUAAAAUCCAAAUCCCCUCCAUAUAAAAUUAAGCAAAAAGGAACUUUAUUCGCAACAAAACUAAUAAGAUCUGGAGCGACUGAUAAACCAGUGACCAAAUCUGAAAUUUGUCUAACAACUCCUAGUAAAACACUUGUUAAUAACCUUCAGAUUCAAGUUCCUCCAGAAAAAGACUCCCAUAUACAGUAUCAGGAUGAUUCCAUUUUAGGCCCUAUGGGAAACCCAGAGAGAGAAUUGUAUUGGCUAAAAAGGGUUCAAGAGGCAGAAGAAAAUUGGAGUGGAGCUCAAGCCUUAAUUGAACAAAUUAAAGCUACCUUCUCAGAUAAACAGAAAGAACUUGAAAAUAAAAUACAAGAACUAAAGGAACAAAAAGAAAAAGAACUUUUUAGAGUGAAUCAAGAUAAUUAUAUACUUCAAGCCAAGUUGAAUAGCUUUGAAGAGGCAAACAAAAAGCUUAAGUGGUUUGAUGCUGAAGAAGCAGCUAGUCUCAUCUCUGAAGAAAAAAUAAAGCAAAUUCGAAAAGAAAUCCAAGAACAGGAGACCCUUCUUCAAGGAUAUCAGCAAGAAAAUGAAAGAUUAUAUAAACAAGUGAAAGAGCUUCAGAUGCAAAAUAAGAAAAAUGAAGAAAGACUGUUUAAAGAAAAUCAGUGCUUAUUGACUGAGUUGACUUCCUUAAAAGAACAGAUGCAUAAAAACAGUGUCCCGUCUCGAGUAGUUCAACAUUCAGAAGCAAACAAAAACCAGAGUUUUACAGAACUUCUUGCAGAACUUCGAACAACGCUGAAAGAAAAAAACAAAUUAUUAGAAGAAAUUAAAAUACUGAAACAAGACAAACAAGCUCUUGAAGUGGACUUGGAAAAGAUGAAGAAAGAGCGAGAUCUUGCUAAGAAUCAAAUUAUUUAUGCAUCAGGUGAGAAAUCACAUGAAAUAAAGCUCAUAGAAGAAGCUCAUAAACAAGAAAUCAGUUGUUUGCAGAAGAGAUUACAGUGGUAUGCAGAAAAUCAGGAACUUUUGGAUAAAGAUGCUGUUCGGCUCAAAGAGGCAAGUGAAGAAAUUGAGAAGCUCAAACUCCAGGUUGAAAAACUGAAAACAGAAGCUGGAAAUCAGUCUUCACAACAGAAGUUACGUCUGAAAGAUAGAGCAGUUGAUGCUAAAAAAAUUCAGGAUCUUGAACGGCAAGUUAAAGAAAUGGAAGGCAUUCUAAAAAGAAGAUAUCCUAAUUCAUUGCCUGCUUUAAUAAUGGCUGCAUCAGCAGCAGGUGAUACAGACAUUUCACCUAAAAAUACAGUUGAAUUUAUGGAAAAACGAAUAAAGAAAUUAGAAACUGAGCUUGAGGGUAAAGAUGAGGAAGCAAAAAAAAGUCUUCGUUCUAUGGAACAGCAAUUUCAAAAAAUAAAGAUUCAAUAUGAACAACGAGUAACGGAACUUGAGCAGCAGCUUUCCUGUAAAUUAACAGAGGAGCAAAAGAAACCUGAAAACUUGGCCAAUAUGAAGGCUCUAGAACAAGAACUUUGUGAUAUGAAGGAUGUCCAUCUGGCAACUGUAAAAACCCUUGAAGCUGAAAUAGAAAGUCUUAAAAGUCAAAAUGCCCAGUUAGAACUCAAGAAGAAUGAAAAAGAUGAUAACGAUUUCCAGUCUUUAGAAUUCCAAGUAGAACAGGCUCACACCAAAGCUAGAUUAGUAAGACUUAAUCAAGAACUGGCUGCAAAAGGAAGAGAAAUACAAGAUCUUACAAAAACUGUAGAGAAACUUCAAAAAGAAAGGCGACUGAUGUUGUCUAGUCAGAACUCAUCUGACAAACCCAGAAGUGAGGAAAGAUCUGCCAAAAAGGUGAAGAAAGAUCUCUUGGUCUUCAGUAAAAGGGAUGCUGACUCCUUUCCAGAAACCUUGGAUAGCAAAUUGUAUGAACCACAUGCCUUUGCAGAUUCUCACAUAUCAGAAGUUUUACAAGAAAACUCCAGAUUGAAAAAUGAGGUAGAACGACUGACAACUGAAGUGAAUGAGCAGAGGGCAAAAUCCGAAGCAGUGCUAGCCCACUCUGAAAGUUCAGUGAAAAGAACCAAAGAGGAUAUAGCAGAGCACAUUGCAGCCCUUAAAGCCUCUCACCAGAGAGAAGUAGAAAAACUUCUUUGCCAACAUGCUAUAGACACUUCUUCUUCCAAAGUAGCUGAACUAAAUCGCAAAAUAUCAACACAAGAGGUUCUUAUAAAGCAUCUCCAAACACAAGUUAGUGAGCUACAGGAAAGUACAGAAUCCUUGGCAAUAUCUCAAGUUCGAGAGGAAAUCCUCCAGAAAGAGAUUUCAAAACUUUUGGAAGAAUUGCGAGAGGCCAAAGAAAGUCACACUCCCGAGAUGAAGCAUUUCAUGGCGCUGGAAAGGAAGAUCAAACAGAUGGAGAUGCGCCAUGUGCAGAGGGAGCAAGAGCUGCAACAGAUAAUACAGCAGACACGCCAGGUGGUGGAAACUGAGCAAGAAAAGGAAGUGGCGAAAUGGAAGAGGCUGGCCCAGCUGAAGAACCAGGAGCUCGAGAAGUUCCGGGUAGAAUUAGACUCCAUAUUAGAUGUGCUCCGAGAGCUGCACCGACAGGGAGUUGUUGUUCCAGCUCCUUAUUCUGACCAAUUAAAUGACCCUGACUAUUGAGAUUUCAAGGGAACAGAGAGCAUAAGCCUGGAGGAGGAGAAAAAACAGACAGACCUGGAGAAAGCCAAAGCCCGAAGCCAGAGGAUUUCCACCAAUUAUUCAGACAACUGACGAUAAGAGAAGAUAAGUGAUCUCUGAUGGAUAAGGGGGGGAAAUGGCAUUGGGCCACAUUUCUUUGUAGGAAAAAUGUCAACAAUUCCAUACUAAAUUAUUUAAAGGAAAACAACUGUGAAAGGAUUUUAAGUAACUUUCUACAUAAGUUCAUUUUCUUUGUGCCAAGAAAACGGUUUCUGUUUUUCUUACAAAACUCUUGAGCACAGUCUUCAGAAUUGCCUAUCGGGUCAUACAGCUUUCCCUACAAUUUGAAAGAGAGCAGUUGCUUCUCAGUGUUCAGAAUUAUCUUUCUCCUCAUUUUCCCAGUUUCACCUUCCUUCCUUGAGGUGGCUCCUCACACACCUAAUAUCUUUCCAGACUAAAAGGAAUUAAAUCCAGCAGAUGUUUAAAACUGUGAAUUUGGAACGUGGGGUUUUGUUUAAACCAACAAAUCCUAAAUACCUGUUCCAUUUAUAUUAUUAUUUUUAACAUUUCCUUUUUUGAGGUCAGGUGAUGGUUUGCUAGAUAGAUGAAGUAAAACUUCAUAAAUAUUAAAGCUAACAGUUAAGCUUAAAACUUUUCUACAAUAGCCCUUACAAAAUAGAACCUUUCUAGGGUCCAUUGGGACUAAUCUUGGUUUAAAUUAUGUAAAAGAUAUGUGUGGAAAUUUUUUCAAUACUGAUUUAUGUGGUUAUUUUUAUGUAAUUUGUAAAUUACAAAUUUGAUGUAUUUUGUACACCUUAAUGUUAACAAAAUCACAGUGAAACAUGUGGUAUUCUAGUCCAAAUUUAGCUGUGGAUUAUUCGAACUACUCAUGAUGUUGGGCAUUUCAUAAAGCUAAGAUGUAUGGUAGUCAUCCUGGAAACCUCAAAUUUCAGGCAAUUAUGUCCUGAUGUUACACCAUCUUCUCAUUUGCAAGAACAGAUUUAUCAUUUUAAACUGAAUUUUCAGCAGCACUACAUGUUGAGUAUUAGUUGAAAUAAAAUAUGCUUAUUUCUAUAGAGGCAGAGAAAAAACAAAGAAUAAAUAUACAAUCUCAUCGCUUUCUAAAAGAAGUUGUGAACCUCAGAGUGGUGUUAUUUUAUUUAUGUUUGUAUGAAAGAAUUAUACCAUGAAAUAAUAAUAAAGUUGUCUACUUUUUAAUUGUUUGGAA